CGCUAACUCUUACCACCGACAACAGCGCCUAGCUUCAGAUUUAAGGGUUGAAAACCAGUCUUGAUGAGUGAACUCUUGAGUAUGCCUUAAAUGUUUAUGGUAGGCUUACCUAAAAUGAAGAAUUAAGAAGGUUUUUCUCUCCAUUUGGGAAGAUAUCCUACCAUUCAGCGAGUGAGCAGUUAUCAUUUCCUUGUGUAUGAGUCAGAGUUGAUCUGGAAGUAAAUAUGAAAAUGUGGUGGAAAGAAGAUGAUGAAAUAGAAAUUAUAGCAUAUAGAAGGAAAAGUGCCAGAUUAUCGGCAUUGACAGAGAAUAAGAAAGAAAAACAGAAGAACAACCACUCAUCUGCAGCCAUUUCCCCUAGUAAUAAUAGCAAUGUCAACAAGAAGGACGUUGGAGAUAAAGAAGGCAAGACCGUCGCAUCUGAUCAUCUUGAUGGUGAUGAUGUAGCUGUGUUGCCAACAACUAAGACUGAAAUUCUAGCUCUACUUCCUCGUCCUCCUCCUCCGGAGACAGCCAAGAAGGGACGCAAGCGGAAAAAACUUGGAGACCUCGCCAUCCUUUCUUCUCAACAGGAUGGAGAAAACCCAAAACCUGAAAAUACUUCUGCCCAAAAUGAUCAUCCAGAAACUGUUCCAUCCACAAGGAGAAUGCCUGGAAGAUGCAUGCUUGAGUUUAUCCUUGAUAUUCUGCAAAGGAGAGACAAAAAUGAAAUAUUUGCCCAGCCUGUUAACCCUGAAGAGGUCGAGAGCUACUACAGAAUUAUCAAAGAGCCCAUGGAUUUUGGCACCAUGAGGGCUAAACUUCAGGAAGGACUGUAUACAAGUUUGGAACAAUUUGAGCGUGAUGUGCUUCUAAUAUCUAGCAAUGCAAUGCAUUUCAAUUCAUCAGCCACCGUAUUCUAUAAAGAGGCUCGAGCCAUACAAGAACUAAGCCAGAGGGUUUUCCAAGCUCUAAAAUCUGACCCGGAAAAUUUUGAAUCAAAUUUGUUGUUUAGCAAAAGAAUCCCAGCAAGCAAACGCCAAGUUGAAGCCAAAGCUUCACGCUCAAAACUUGCUAAACUUGGUGGACUGAAAAUUGGAGUUUCAGAAUCUGGAUCAAGAAAUGGCAGGAAAAAAUCAACUCUACCUGAAAUGCAAAAACGUAAAGCUUAUAAACCUUCAAUUUCCACUCAGAAUGAAUUACUUGUUUCAUCCAUCUACAAUGGACCCAAGCCACUUGUCCCUAUAGAGGAUCAAGAUUAUACAUACAAAGAAAGUCUUUUGCGGUUUGCUGAAGGUUUAGGACCAGCAGCACAAGAGUUUGCACGGAAGAAGUUGGGCAGAUUUCUAACCGAAGCACCAAGGCCCAAGUCUCAGACUCCUUCAACACCUACAAUGCAGACUCAGAAUCUUCUGCUUCCUACACCAUCAGCUCCACUUCCACCUGUUCAUCCAAAUAGAGUUCAUAAUCCAAAAAGGCCCAACACUAUCCUACGUGAAAAACCCAGGACUUCAGAUAUUUCUUUCAUCAAGAAAGGCGUUGUUGUCAAUGUCAAUGGCAAUGCUUCAAACAGUGGCUCAGGAAAUGUUGCUUCUUUCACUGGGGGUCUUAACAUUCUCAAGAAUUCCAAAGAAAGUGAUCGUGGAGGGAAAGUGAACCCUAAUGCAACAAUUAAUGGAUCGAUAUUUAGCAGCAAGAAUUCUGUGCAGACAGAAAUGAAUACUGCCGGUGCCAAUUCAAGUUUGAAUUUGGACAUCUUGAAAGGAAAAGAAAUGUAUGCGAAUACAAGUUUAAAUUUGAACAUCUUGAAUGGACAACGGGUUAUGACCAGUGAAAAAAUUGAUUUCCAAGGGAAUUAUAACAGAAAAAAUGUUAUUCCUCAUCAUCAUCAAUAUCGUAACGACUCGUUUCGCUUAGCAUCACAUUUUCGAGUCUUCAAGAUUGAGAAUUCUACAAGUCCAGGGGCACCAAAGACUCCAAGACUAGGAUACAAGGCUAUAGAUAUGAUGGCAAAUGCUAACAAACAGCUAGGGAAACAAGUUCAGCAAUCUCCAAAAACGGAUGAAAAUCACAGGAAGCUGAUCGAUUUCAUGUCCAAAAGCAACAAGUAUCUGAAGUCAAAUUUCUUGCCAUUACAGUCUUUCUUUCCAUCAGAAACUUCGUACGCUUCGCAAGUUCUAUUGGCUUCGCAUGCUUUAUUGUCUACACAAAAUUUCUCUCCUCCACCAAUACCACCACAAGAUAUUAAGUUUCAAAGCGUGCUGGUUCAUGCCACUCUCUCCUCCCUAGCAGUGCCUCCACUGACCUUAAACUCUGCACCAACUGAACCGGAAUUGGACCUGACUCGACCUGAAACAUGGGCAAAAAGCCCAGUAUGCAAUUUUACAAACUUGCUUAUGCAGACUAAUUACGAGGAGGAUUACAAGGCAGUGAACCAUGGAACAUCUUUUGUGCAAGAACUGAAAUCUCCAUCCUCAGCUCAAGGGUCAAUGCCUCUGUACCCUUCAAAUAGUCUUCAAGAAAGAGCCAUUGAUCAAUACCCUCAAUCAGGAUCCACAUCUCAACUUUACCAUGUUGAUCAACAGCUAUCCUUGAUGGACAAUCAACAUCCAGAUUUGGCUCUCCAGCUGUGAGUGAGUCCUAGCAACACAAGGGUGAAUAGCUCUCAAGUUUGGAAAUUCAUAUUAGCUUGAGUUUCUAACACCCUUUGGAUGAAACUAUAUAAUCCUUCUGUAUCUAACUUAGAGAAAGUGUACUCAGUUUCUGUACUUUUCAAGUAUCUUUCUUUCGUUUUUAGUGUUCA